AUGUAUUUCGAUCUUUCAAAUGUUUUGUUUGUCAAAAGUUGCACAAUUUUGUGCAAAAACAGAAGAUUGCAAAGUAGAACAGUUCAACUCAUGUGUAACUUCAAAUAAAUACAGAGAAGAUACAUGUAGCUGAUGCACACAGUGACAGCAUUAAUAUAUAAACAUUCAUCAUCCACUAAGCAGUCUGUGAUUUUAGAUGUCUACUGCUGGUUCUGCUACGGGAGAGGUACGUUCUACUGUUUCCCAAGUUGAUUCAACAGAUGGCAAAAUAGAAGCAAAUCCUACUGAAGGACCAGAAAAUUUAUGCAUGUCUGCAGGUAACAGUGGAACAGUUGAUUUAGAUCAGUCAAUAGAAUCAUCGUCAGAUAAAAAGAAGAAAAAUAGGAAAAGCAAAAGCAAAGAAAGACCAAUUGUUCCUGACGCCAUUGAUGUACUCCAGCCAGGUGUAAUUAUAUCUCCGGAAGAGACAAAGCUAAAGGCAUCAGGAUAUGAUCGUCAAUCAGACAAAGGUGGUGAAAAAUCAGGGGCAAAACCAAAACUGGAAAGCAAGAAGGAGAAACAUAAAGGUGGUCAUGGUAGAACAGAUCAGAAUUCCCCAAGAGAAAGGUCAAGAGGUCAGAUAAAUCUUCAAAAGUUAGAAAAUCCCUCUUCUCAAAAAUCAAAUGAUAAGUUUGAUUCUCAUCAAGGAUAUCGACCUAAUUCUUCAACCAAUACCCCUUAUAGGAAUGAAGGUAAACCAGGAGGUAGACCAGGGUCUGGGAAAUCAAACAGACUAGAUGGUCAAGCAAGAUCAGAAAAUAGGCCAGGGUCAGGGUCACCAUACAGACAGGAAACCAGAAAUUCUAACAACCAGUAUAGAAACAAUGGUAGAGAUCAGGGUCAACCUUCUCCAGGACAAGGACAGCCUAGAACAUGUAGAAGAGAUAGAAAUGGGAACAGACAAAAUCAGCAGUACAGAAAUACACCUGGUGGAAAGGGAAAUAACUCCACUCCUAAAGAAAAUCAGAACUCAGCUCAAAGACAGGGAGACAGGAAUACUCCAAGGAACUACCAAAAUAAACCAAAACAACCUCCUUUUGAACCGUACAUCUCACCUGAAGAUUUACAGAGAGGACUGAAGCUAGGACACAUUAUACAGGGUCCAAUAAGAAUCAAUCCUAAGAACUAUGAAGAAGCCUAUAUACCUCAUCCAGAUGGUAUAUCAGACAUAUUUGUUUGUGGUAUGAAGGAGAGAAACCGAGCUUUGAAUGGUGAUAUAGUAGCUGUUGUAUUACAUGACAGGGCUAACUGGAAGAUACAUGUUAAAAAUCUUAAAGAUCUUGAAGAAAAACAUCAGGAAGUUGAAUCCAGUAGCAAACCAAAUGAUGAUGGUCAAUCGGAGGUCACCCCAAGGACAGAAGAUCAGAGUCCGUCAAAGGUCACCCCAAGGACAGAAUGUCAGAGUCCGUCAAAGGUCACCCCAAGGACAGGAGGUCAAGGUGAUUCAGACAGUGAACCAGAUGUUAUUAUAGAAAGUGAAGAAAUAAUAGAUUUGACGACUAAUACAAUUAGUGAGAUCCAAUCUGCAGCAAAUUCAUCUAUAUCAUCUAAACAGAAAAUGGACCAAUCAUCUAACAGCAAAUCAUUAACUGCUGAUAAACUUCCCAUAUCAUCAUUAGGGACUAACAGUGUCUCAUCAACAUGUUCUAACAGUCAGGAAAAAACUUCUUGUGAUUUAAAAAAUGUCCAAGACAUUACAAAUCAGUUAGGAGACAUUUCUAUUGACGCUGAAGACAUAAACACAAAUAAAACAGUUACUAAUACACCACAAAAUGACAACAAAUUAGGUGGUACUCCUUUGGCUGAUAAGUCAACUACUCCACACAGUAAGACUGGGGAUACGAAAGCAAGGAGUUCAAACAGGGGCCGAAACUCCUCCCAGAAAAACUAUUCUACGCUACAGGAAGUAAUGAACGAAGGAAGUGAUGUUGUUAAAAAUCUCUUCUCAACAGAUGAUACCGUCAAAUCUAACUCAGCAAACCGAGCUUUACAAAGAACUGGAAAGGUUGUUUCAAUCAUUGAACCUAAGCAUUCUAGAGCCAGUACUGGACAUAUUCAUCUAAUGCCUGACAGAAAUCCUGAUACGGCCUUGUUUAAACCACUGGACCACAGGUUACCUAGAAUUAUGAUACCCAUGGAAAACUGUCCAAAAGAUUUCACUGUACGACCAGAAGAUCAUGCCAACACUCUGUUUAUAUGUAGAAUAACAGAAUGGAAGGAAGACUCUAUGUAUUCUCACGGAGAAUUAAUGAGGAGUUUAGGAGAAGCAGGAGAAAUAGAACCAGAAACAGAGGGAAUCCUGAUAGAAAAUGAUGUGGAUUACUCAGAAUUUACAGAGGAGAUGUUGAGUACCUUGCCUGUCCAUUCAUUACCAUGGCAGAUCCCUGAGAGUGAGAUUACUGGACGACGAGACUUCCGUCAACAGUGUGUGUUUACUAUAGACCCUGCCACAGCUAGAGAUCUAGACGAUGCUCUGUCUUGUGAAAAACUGGAUGAUGGUACGUACAAUGUAGGAGUACAUAUAGCUGAUGUUAGUUAUUUCCUGAAAGAAGACACAUCUCUAGACAAGAGAGCCAGAUUCAGGGCUACAAGUGUUUAUUUAGUACAAAAGGUCAUUCCUAUGUUACCCAGAAUUCUGUGUGAAGAGCUGUGUAGUUUGAAUCCAAACCAAGAUAGGCUGACAUUCUCUGUUGUAUGGAAUAUGUCUGAGAAAGGGGAGAUAUAUGAAGAAUGGUUUGGCAGAACUGUGAUCAGAUCUUGUGUCAAACUUAGCUAUCAACAUGCGCAGGGCUUUAUAGAGGAACCAGUAAGAGAGUGGACAGAAGAAGAAUUACCACCAAUAUCUGAUGGAUAUCCUAUCAGUCAAAUUAAAGACACUGUACAUAAUCUACAAAUGAUAGCUAAGAAUUUACGGAAGGCCAGAUUUGAUGAAGGGGCUUUAAGAUUAGACCAAGUGAAGUUACAGUUUACGUUAGAUCAGGUUACUGGAAUGCCUAAUGGCUAUAGUGUAUAUAAACAGAAGGAUAGUAAUAGGUUGGUAGAGGAGUUUAUGUUGCUAGCUAAUAUGGCAGUGGCUCACAAGAUAAAGAAAGAUUUUCCAAAAAAAGCAUUCUUAAGACGCCAUCCGCCACCACAAUCCAAAAUGGUGGAUGAUUUGGUUGAACUGUGCAGUAACUUAGGAUUCCCUAUUGAUCCUUCAUCUGCAGGUACAUUACAGAAAUCUCUGUGGAGAUAUGCUGAUGAUGAUAACAUGUCUGUAGCAAGGAUGCAGGUGCUUGUCAGUAUGUGUUCUAAACCUAUGCAGAAUGCGAAGUAUUUCUGUACUGGUUGUAUUGAUGAUGAAGAACUGUAUCGCCACUACGCUUUGAAUGUCCCUCUGUAUACACACUUUACUAGUCCUAUCAGAAGAUAUGCUGAUGUGAUGGUCCACAGGACUUUAGGUGCUGCUUUAGGUUACUCUGACCUGAGUGAAAAGUCUAUGGUUGCCAUACAGAGUAUUGCUGAGAAUUGUAACGACAGGAAGACUAACAGUAAACGAGCCUCAGAACUCAGUUCAGAACUGUUCUUUGCUGUCUUUGUCAAGACUGCUGGUCCAUUUGAAGAAACAGGCAUGGUGAUGGGGGUAUUAGACAAGGCCUUUGAUGUCUUCAUACUCAAAUUUGGUGUUACAAAGAGAGUAUAUUGCGAUAAACUAGCUAUUAAAGAUAAAUUACAUACAAAAGAACAGAAGAAUCCAAUAUUAACUCUAUACUGGGAACCAACAGAAGAGAAUGGUACAGGGGCAGUACAGAAAAUAUCUAUAUUUACAAUAGUUGCCUGUGUAUUAAAACCAGGGGAAUUACCUCUACAGUGGAUGGCCAUCAUAAAACCACCUGCAGUCUGAAAAUAUAAAACUGGAACUUAAAAAAUGGUGAACAAGUGAAAAAAUGUCAGUUCAAGUUCAAGAGAAGAUAACUGGCAAAGGAGGAAAUAAAGAUGUGUACUAACCAUAAAACUAUUACAGAUCUUAAAAACAGUAGAAAUUUGAUAAAUAGUGCUUAUUUUAUUCUCUUAACUUUAUCAUAUGUUUUACUUUAAAAUGUAUUUAUUUGUGCUAGUUUUUAUGUGACAUGGGAAAUAAAGUUGGAAUAAAAAAUGUAUUGUAGAUAAGAAAUAAAUCUAUUAAAUAAUCAGUAUUGAACAAAAAAUCUAUAGACUUUUAUGGUGCUAAUCAAUGAAUCAAAGGGUUUGUUUUAUCAGUGACCUCAAACUAAAAUUCAUUCAAGGUUUAUAAAACACUUUUUUUUCCCUAUAAUUUCUUUUGCUAGUAAGUUAAAUGUAUGUAGAACAAAAAUUGAAAACUUUAGAUCUCCUUUCUUUUGUUUGCAAUUUUUGUAUGGCUUGGGAACAUUUUCAUUUGGUUAAUAAAAACUUUUGAACAGAAAACAUAGGGAGGAAUACAUUUUAUUUUUGUUAUUUGACAAAAUUACCUAAGUGCAUGUUUUAAAAAUGGUUCAUUUUGACAAUUAUCUCCACUUAUUUUGAUUUUUCAAAAAUAUGGUAAAGGAUUUGUGUAAAAAUUAGCACUGUGAUGUUUAAGAAAUUAUAUUUUCAAGAUAGUAUCAACAAGUUCUAACUUGAACCUUUUUGUUCAAGAAUUUAAGAAAACGGUAAAUAUAUAAUUUAAAUAUUUUUCAAAGGUAAAAUAUUCAGUUUGGCAGUUCCCAUUAAUUCCCAUCAAUAUCUAGGUUACCUUGAUUAUCAGCUUAAUGAUGUCAAAUCAAAUGGAAUGUAAUACUUAUGUUUCAUUGGUUUAAAGAAAAAGAACCCAACACAUAUGUGAGGGGUCAGGACCUUUAUCAGGACUCCGAGAUUGGGUGUUUUUAAGCUAGGGAUUUCAGGAUUGACCCUUUCAGGCUUUCAGAAUUUCAAUUGCUUUAAAUUCAUGACCUCAGGAUUCCAUGUUUUAAGCCCACCAUUUUGGGAUCAGUACCUCUCCGACCCUCCCUCAUAUGUGUACUUUAAAAAGUUUGUGUCUCUUUUCACAAAAAUUUCUUACAUUGAAAAUGAUCAUAAGUUAUAUUGAUUUGUAUUUCUAUUCUUCACACUUUUAUGUGAAAAGAGAUGCUGAAUAAGAAGAAUUAAAAAUAUGACUGAGAAAUUUGGAUUGAAAAGAUUGAGAUGUUGAGUGAUUGUUAAUGAUGUAUUUAUGUUUUGAUUAUAAUGUAACAAAAUAAAUUGAUGUCAAAAAGAUGAUGGAAUUAAAUUAUUCAAACUUA